AUGGCCAGCGGGAGCCAGGACCGGAGCCUGCGGGAGGAGCUGACGUGUGCCAUCUGCUGCGAGCUCUUCAGCGAGCCCGUCAUGCUGGACUGCAUGCACCACUUCUGCAAGGCCUGCAUUCAGGGCUACUGGGAGAGCUGUGCCCGCGUCCCCUCCUGCCCCCAGUGCCGCCGCGAGUUCCCCAGCCGGGCUUUCCGCACCCACUACCUGCUGUCGGGGCUGGUGGAGAAGGUGCGGCGCUGCGGUUCCGCGGAGCACCGGCACAAGAUGCAGAAGCACCUGGAAGAUGCUUUGCAAGCCCGUCAGAAGGAGGUGGAGAACUUCUUGCGGAAGAAGCGUGCGACGCAGGAGGAUAUCUGUGGCCUGACAAAGGUGUCUGGGGAGCUGAACUUCAAGAUCCGUGCAGAGUUUGCCCGCCUUCAUCAGAUCCUAGAGGAAGAAGAGAGAGCUGUGCUGGCAGAGCUGGGCGAAAAGGAAGAGCAGUCGCUGGCACGGCUGCACGGGGACGUCCACCGGCUGGAGGAGGGGAUGUCGGUGCUGCAGAGGGACAUAGAGCGCAUAGAGCAGAUCCUGAGCAAGAUGGAAGAGGUGUCGUUGCUGGAGGUGGAGAGCCUGGAUAUCAGGCCCUCGGUGCGCGUUGAGACCCAGCCUGCCUUCAACCUGGAGCACUACAGGGACAGCCGCAGCGGCCCCUUGCAGUACAUCUUCUGGAGACAGAUGCUGCGGUCCAUCUGCCCCGCUCCUGCCCCGCUCACCUUCGACCCCGAAUCAGCCCACCCCAACCUGGUCUUCUCCAGAGACCUGACAGCAGUGACAGAGAGGAAUCGAGCCCAGCCCGUCCCCAGAAGCCCCCGGCGCUUCUGUCAGUGCGUCAAUGUCCUGGGCUCACAGACCUUCGACAGCGGCCGGCACUACUGGGAGGUCUGGGUGGGCAGCAAAACCAAGUGGGACCUGGGGGUGGCCGCCGAGGCUGUGGACCGGGCGGCGAGUGGGCAGCAGUCAAAGGUCAACCCGGAGAAUGGUACCUGGACACUUCGCCUGCGCAACAGGGUGGAGUACUGGGCCACCGCCACCCCCUGGGUGCGCCUGACUCCCCGCCGGCCCCCCCGGAAAGUGGGGGUCUUCCUGGACUGCCAGGAGGGCACUGUCACCUUCUUCGAUGCCGGGGACAUGUCCCACCUCUUCACCUUCCACCAGGUCUCUGCGGAGAGAUACUGCCCCUUCUUCAGCACCUGCUUCAGUGACGGGAGGGACAACAUGGAGCCCAUGCGCCUCUGCCACCUGGCCCUGUGAGGGACAGUGGGGAGCAAGGUGCUUUGGGGACGCCAUCCUGGCUCCUUGUCUCUCCCCACAGUGCUACCAGUGGGCUGCCUGGGGCCAUGCUGGAGGCUGAUCUUGCACACAUGGACCUGGUGGGUGUUGGAGGGGCUGUUUUGGUUUCCAUUUUGGGAGGGAGGAGGGGCAUGCAUCUCUUCCCAGCUCCCUCCUGCCCUCCCUUCUCUGUGCUGUAGUCUGCAGCUGCCCCACUGUAUCCCCGGAGGUGCCUGGCACCCUUUGAAGAACAACCUUCCAUGCCUGAGCGUUGCAUUGUUCAGUAACCGCAGCCACAGGGCUGCAGUGGAGGUGGUCGCAGGCUGCUUGUACCUCCUGUCCCUCCAUGCUCCCACCCAUAAACCCUGUGGAGGAGGGCAGCGGUCCCAGAGCACCAUCAGGUGCAUCUUGACCCAACUCUGCAUCCCAGCAGUGGGCUUCCUCCGCUCGAAGAGCGUCAUGGGGAAGGGCUCCCGGCUGGCGGCAGAGGGAGCUCGGUGCACAGCGUGGGACCCACCGCAGCCCAGGGAUUGCGGCGCUGCCUGUCCUCAACUCAGUCACCAU